GCACCCACAAUUACACAGGCUCACGGGGCCGACAAUCGCGUGGUGGAUACAACCAGAUCGACGGGGUGGCUACACGGGUCGGCUGGAGAAAAUAGGUUAAAGGCGAUUGAGAUGGUUAAAGCGACGAUCGAGGACGGUGUGUGGGCAGGACCAGCCUCAUCUUGCCUUAUCAGGAAGCGAGGAUCCCCAAUUUGUGGGAUGCAAUCAGUGGUGUCAGUGUCACUUACAACAGCAGCGGUGUCGUCAUUGGCGCGGAAUCACACACCAGCACCGGCGAGCAGACUCAAUAAGAGCCUUCUCGUUGGUUAUAAAUUGCCAAAGGCUGUAGAGAGUAGGACGAGCGGUUUUAUUAUUUACCGCGAUGAUUUGGUGAAUUCCAUGAAGGAGGCAGCAUCGAAGGAGCUUUUGAAUGGUCACCUUAUCGGUUUGGUUUACAUCGAUCAACCUCAUGUCACAAGAAGUGCUCAGGAAGUGGUCCAAAUCGGUGUGAUCAACCUGUUGAGCCAGUGCAUAAAGGAUUUUAACACACCUAGCUUUCAUCCAUCAAUGAUCUCCAUCCUAAUUGACGUGAAGAAGCUCAGGAAGACGAAGCCCCAGCUUUCAUCUACGCCUAAGCAUGUUUAUAAUGUGAGGGCCAAGCUCAGUCAGGGGAAUAUUACGGCGACGGUGGAAAGGGACAAGAAUUUGUCGGAAGCUGUCGCUAAUGGGAUGAGGGAAAAGGGGGACUCCACACAUGAUCAGUGCAAGGGCAAAUGGAAAGAUCUUGUGAAUAGAUACAAGGCUCUGAAGUCACGGUUGGCGGUGGAGGAGAAGAUGGUGAAGCUGAGGAUGACAGGGGUGGUAGAGCAUGAGAACAUGGACGUGCUGAGAGUGAAGGCAAAGAGAGGGACGGAGAUUGUGAUGGCGGACAUGAAGAAUCCGGCGGCCAAGCUGACGCCCAACAAAGUUGAAAAUCCAAGACCAUGA